CAAAACUAAUCUCUGUGUCUCUGCAUAUUUUUGAAUUGCAGGGGUAUAGCUGAUGUCACUGUAGAGAUAAAAAGCUUGGGUCUUUUGCAUGAUGUCACCACUAGCUAGGUGGUGAUCUGAAGCAAACAGUGCUUCCAUUUAUUGUGAUCAAUCGGAGCCCGUGACUCUCAUUUCAUAAGGUAGUCAAAAUUGGAGGAACCCAUUUGAGAAAGAAGUGUUCUUGAUUGGAAAGAUGGGUCUUUUAGAGUAGUGGAGGUGAGAUAUACUUGGGUUUAGUGGUUUUUCUUAGCUUGGUGAAGUGGGUUUGGGUACAAUUGAGGAUUGAAAUUUGGGGGAAAAUGAUGGAGCCUGAGCUGUGUGCUUCUAGGGUGUUAUCACCUUGUAAUGAGGAAAGUGGGGAUGAUGAGCUCUCAGUUCUUCCAAGGCACACCAAGGUGAUUGUUACUGGGAACAAUAGAACAAAGUCUGUGUUGGUGGGUCUACAAGGAGUGGUUAAGAAAGCUGUUGGGCUUGGUGGUUGGCACUGGCUGGUUCUGAAAAAUGGGGUUGAAGUCAAGCUGCAAAGGAAUGCAUUGAGUGUGCUGGAACAUCCUACAGGGAAUGAGGAAGAUUUUGACAAUGAUCAUGUUAACUCUAGCAGUGGCUCUGAACUGGGUGUUAAGGAGAAUGAUUUCACUAGGAGUCUUGAGUUCCAAAGACAUUGUAAACCAAGAUUUAAGUAUCCAAAAUCAUAUGUUCCAUCCGCAACAACCAAGUCUAUCUAUCGUGGAAGUUAUCAAGCAUUUCAGCCCAUCCACAAACCUCAGCUGAGAGUAAACAUGGGAAAACUAGGAACAAGCACAUUGCGGAGAUAUUGCAGGCACUUCAACCUUGUAAGCAACAAUCCUAAUCCAACAAGGGAGCAGUUGAUUAGCAUUGUGCAACGACAUUUUACAUCACAGCUGAUACGACUGGAUGAGGCAUCAGUGAUCACUGAAUUCGUCAAUGCUGCAAGGAGGCGCAAAUUUGCCGAGUUGGCUAGGAAACGUACAGAAAGAGAAAUGUGAAUGUUGAAUGCUUGUAUAUCUACCCUAACCUUUAGAUCAGAUCAUAGAGUGAUGUGGGGAGUGUUGUGCUUGCUAUGUUCUCACUCCCUCAAAUCGCAAAUUUCUUGUAAAUACUCCUUAGCUAUGCCAUAUUAAUCAUUAGGAUCAUCCCAUCAUUUUAUUCAUCUAUCUUCUACAUGAGCAGUAUGCGACGAAUAUAGACGAUUUUAGAAACAGAAUUGGUAAAAUGUGCAGACUGCAGAGAACAAGCU